AUGGCCCGCAGAAAUCAGCAAGAACUUGCCCACCAGAAAAACAUGAAGAAAUCUCAUGAAAUUAGGAAGGGAAAAAGAAAGGAUAGCUUGACUACCUCUCAGAGAAAGCAGAGGGACUCUGAAAUAAUGCAGCAAAUACAGAAGACAGCUAAUGAGAAGUCUACGCAGACAAGAAAAAAAUGA